AUGGCUCCCCUUCAUGCCAGUAUUUCUCUUCUCCUGGUCCUCGGACUGGUGCAGAUUGGCACAGCAUCUUAUUACGAUGGAGUGGAAGAACUGGACAACAACUUUAUUCUUGAAUCACUCCAACAAGCAAAGAAACUUGUGGAUGCAGCCUACAAACAUACCCGCCAAGUACUUAAAGAGAGACUGAGAAUGGGAUCUAUAACCCCUUCUGAGGUCAUGUCAUACUUUAAGCAGCCCGUGGCCUCAAGCAGAAAUCACAUCCGAGCUGCUGACUACAUAGAGACCACCUAUGACCUUCUGACGGAGAAGUUACAGAGUCUUUACAGCAGACCCUUCAAUAUUUCAGACUUGCUGACAGAAACUCAGCUGGACAUGUUGCACAAGGCUUCUGGCUAUGCUUUUCUGCUUCUUCCAAAGAAUUGUCUAAAUGAUCGAUAUCGCACCUUCACUGGAGAAUGCAACAACAGGAGAUUUCCCAACUUUGGUGUUUCCAACAGACCCUAUACACGAUUGCUAAGAGCCCAGUAUGAAGAUGGAAGAUCCUUACCUCAAGGAUGGACAGAAAGUCAAAAAAAAUCAAUGGUUUUGUUUUGCCUCUGGCGCGGGCUGUAUCCAAUCAGAUUAUCCAAUUCCCAGAGAGCCAGCAGACCCUAGACAGGCAGAGAUCACUUAUGUUCAUGCAGUGGGGUCAAUGGAUUGAUCAUGACCUCGAUCUGGCACCAGAGACUCCAUCAAGAUCAACCUUUCUAAGAGGCAUUGAUUGUGAUCACAGCUGUGCCCGGGAGCUACCAUGUUUUCCUCUGAAGAUCCCUCCUAACGACCCUCGAAUAAAAAAUCGCGCUGACUGCAUACCGCUCUUCCGCUCAUCUCCAGCCAGUGUGCCACGGUCCCCUAUACGUGAACAGAUGAAUAUUCUCACUUCUUACAUUGAUGCUAGUCAAGUGUAUGGCAGCACCAAUGAGUUGGCCAACAGAAUUCGUAACAGGAACAAUCAGCUUGGUCUUAUGGCUGUUAAUGCCAUGUUUACUGAUAAUGGGCGGGUCUACUUACCAUUCAGCACAAACGGGAUUGAAGAAGACUUCUGUCUCCAGACAAAUAGAACCUCGGUCUCCCAUGUUUCUUAGCUGGGGAUCCUCGAGUCAGUGAGCAGCCUGGUUUGACCGCGUUUCACACAAUCUUCAUAAGAGAACACAACCGCAUUGCCACUGAGUUG